AUGGUAAAGAAGUUCAUUUGUAUCAAGCAUGCGGAAGAUUGCCAUACUUUACAAGAAGGAACAAGGUUCGUUGUUCACUGCAGAUGUUAGUACAGUAUAUAGAGUUAUAGUUUCAACUCAGUUAGAAGUAAAAGUUUAUGUGAACUUCUCAUUAAGGCUCUGAUCAUCCUAUCAAAGAAACUGAGGUCAACUGAAUGCAUGUACUAAUGAAAUUUGAUACUAAUUUUUUGACUGACAUAAUGGAGUUAAAAUGCAGUUUUGUAUGGCUAGCUAUAAAACUGAUGUUACAUUCAACACAAAUCAAAUAAAGUAAGAUUAAAAUUGACAAAAAAAAAACAAACAACAAAUAAAUCUUUAUAAGACCACCCAUGACCAGUCAACCUUGUCGCCUAGAGAAGACUAGCAGUAUGCAGUUGAAACAUCUUGAUCUACAUCACAUGUGACUACAUCGUGAGACAAAUGAGAAACUUAGCUUUUACUGUUUAGCAAAUAACAGUUCAUUAUAGGGUUUGCAGAUUUCAUGACACAAAAUCUUUGAGAAAAUAUUUUUUUUUAUUCCUAUCUAAAACUAAAAAUGAUAUUUAUUUCUUGAUUCUUUCAGUAAAAUUAUCAGCCAUUUGGUUUGUGAUAUGUACCAAUAUAAUCACAGCAGUGUAACAAGUUUAUGGACCAUCUGCUGCCACCUUCUUCAGACUGGUCUAUUUCGCAUUAAGCAGGUUUGUUUCCAUGGGUCAUCAGUCAUCUAAAAUUCGAGUUCAUUUUCCCAUCCAUCCUUUCCAGUAAAAUAAUUUGGGAUCAAUAUCAGUAUCUGGGCAACUGCCCACCUACCCCUCCCCUAACUCAACAACAGUCAAUUGAUAAAAACUUAGGGUUAAUGUUGGGUUGGGGAGGGGUAGGUGGGCAGUUAUCCAGAUACUGAUAUUGAUCCAUAAUUUAUGCAUAGUAUUAAUAGGCUGCUACAAUCUUUUAAGACUUGACCAAAAUUUGAAAGGUGUAAGGUUUUUUUUCUUUCUUUUCUUUACAACUGCUUAGGCUACUGACAGUAUACAAUAUAUGAUGUAUUCAUUAACUCUCUUGCAACACAUUACUUACAAUAUAUUACCUACAAUGUAUCACUUACAAUGCACUACUUACAAUGAUCUGCUUACAAUUAAUUUCCCACAAUUAUUACCUACUUACAAUACUAACAUUAAUCAAAUAAUUCAUUACUUAGUAUUACUAACAUCAGGUUCAUUAUUUUAACUCUGUUAAAGAGUUUCUUGGGAUACUUGAAAAAUGCAGCAACAGAAAAUUAAUUGCUUAGCAUCCAUUACAAAAUUUGAUCAAAUGUUGAUUUUAAUACUUCUAUUGUUCCAUUACCUGCAGAAGAUAUCUUUUUCACCCCUUUUGUUGGCUGUUUGAUAAUGUAGAGUUCUCAGGUAUUUCAUUUUGCUUAGGUGCCAGUUAACCUUUUUCAUUCAGGCAGCACUAGAUAUAAUAACAGGCCUGCUACCUUGGAGUGGACUUCCCUGUGUACCACUUCUGGACAAAUUUGUCAAAUGCCUUUGCUCUUUGCUAGAGCUUUUGGUAUCAGGAGUUGCCUUUAAAAUCCCAGUAGAUGGGCGGUAAAUAUGUUUUCAUGUCUUGUUGAGUAUUAAUGUAGUGAAAGACAGUUUUUAUAUUGUAAUAAAAGAAUAUGGAAGCCCUCUUAUCAUUCUCUUAGACCCUACUGCUGUAUUUCUAGGUAAGCAGGUUUAAAAGAAGGAAUGGAAAUAAUUAUCUCAGCCUUAAUUUAACCAAAGCUCUUUUAGGGUUAGCUUAGCAAACAUAUGUAUUUAUUUUGGGAGUUAUAAAGGUAAUGCACUACAGGUCCUUUUCUUACCAAAUAUUGGGAAAGAUUGACUGAAGAUAUCCACGAGACUGCAGUGGACUGCCACUCCAUUCAGAAAGGAAUCUCCUACUCGCUGGAGAACCAUGUAGAUAGUCUUGUGUAACCUUCUAAAACUGUAUGCAGACUUAACUUUCCUUUCCCCUCUUAAUGUCUACAGAGAAAAACUCGCCACAUUGGAGGUCAGUGUAGCUAAGUGCUUAGAUGUCCUAUCAACAGACCUUCCAUCAGGGAAAAGAGAUCCACUGCAGCCCACAGGCUCAACAUCAGAAAGAUCUCUCAAUGCAUUUCCUGCAUGGCAUGUGAAAUAUUUUCUUUUGAAGCUUAGAGGUGUUUUUCGUGGAGGUGGUCUGCAGAAAUUUCUGACCAAAGAGUUAAAGGUGCAAUACUUUUUUUCCUAACAAAAGUUACAUGUGCAUGAAUUGAACCAAGUCAGUUUCAAGCAGUGCCUGAGUACCGUUUGCAACAGUUGAGUGACUUUUCCUUCUUGCCAAGAAGUCACCUGCUAUUGCAGUAGCUACAACCCUUAACCAGUAUGCAAACUAUCAGGCCCCAGUUGUAGGGAGGGUGGAUGAUGCUAUUCACUGGAUAAAUCUCUAUCCAGUGGAUAGUGCAGUCCUUUUAGUGAACACUUAGUUGUUGGAUAGGUAUUUGUCCAUUAACCCUUUCAUUCCAAGGAUCUCAUUAGUAAUUGUCCUUACAGUCUGUUAUACAAUUCUUAUUAUGUUAGUUUGGAGAAUUUGGUAUUGCAUCAGCUAAUAAUCCGCUAACUGAUAUUUUUCUUUAUUCUUAUCACUAGUCUGCCUCACUAACAUUAAUAAUGUGAGGAGAAAUUCUGUCUUGGUCACUCAUAGGAGUUAAAUGGUUCACAAUAUCUUCCCUUUAAAUUACUAGGCCCAGUUUCUUUGUCUUACACUUGCUAACUGUAUGAUUGUUUUAAUUUUCUUGUUGUCAGGUGGCUGUAUGUCAGUUCAUUUCUGGCAUUUACAAAGAUGUGCCCACCAAUGCUGGAAAGACUAGUCUUUUAACGCAACACCAUGUCAGAGAUGACAUAAAUAAGUGUAUAGUUAGUUACCUUGGCACUGAACAACAGCAACAGGUAAGUGCUUUUAUUUGGAAAAAGUUUCAGGGAGAAGGACAUGCACAUUCAGCACCAAACAUGUAAAAGUGUUUCUAAACUGCUAAGUUGUCACAGGAAUUUAUAGAAAUGCAGCUUUAAGCUGUAAAUUAAUUUUCUGCUCACAAUCUAAGAGGUCUACAUCUCUGGGGCUUGUCUUCAUAGACAGGAGUGAGUAGGAACCUCUUUUUAGGGGGUUUACCCUUUAACCCUCAAGAUCUGAUUGUUAAUUCUCCCCUCUAGCUGCUACUCCUACUUGUGAAUUAGUCACAAGAAUUUGGUGUUAGAUCAAGAUAGCAGCUUCUACCUGAUACAUUUGAGUACUCUCAAUACCAGUUUGCUGGAUGGUGGAUGAAUAUUGUAGGGAGAAAUUACAUGUGAAUCACUUCUGGGAGUUAAAGGGUUAAGUCCAUUUAGGUUACCCCCUUCAGCAUUUUGUGGGUGGGGAGAAGAACUCACGUUGUGGAACUUUGGAACCAGGAGCCUUGUGUUGUGUCUUUCUUAGAGACUCAACACAAGGAUCCUGGCCAAGGUGUUUCUGUUCUUGAACCCAGAGAACUAAUGACUAUACCACCAUUUCACCUGCAGCUAAAGGGUAUACUUGUACUUAAAAAAAGGGGAAACAACGAACCAUACAUUUAAAGUGUACUCAAAGGGAGAGGAAUUCAUGAUGAUCUUCUUAUGAUUAAGCCAUCUAAGUCCAGCUUGUGACAGCUUCUUUACAAAUAAAUUUUCCAUUCAGGAGAAAUAGCAUUGAGGGAUUGAUUUUUUUGUUAUUAUCUUGCUCCAUGCAAUUCUUUCACAACGCCUAGUGAUGAAGCUUUAAUUUUUUUUUUUUUUGAGAAAUGUCAUGAUUGUAUUUUUUUCUAUAGUUCUUGGUUAAGUGCUUAUUUGAGGCAGUGAUUGCAGAUAGGUGCAACAAGAAGGGCACAACUUGUGUCAAGGUAACUGAAAACAAUCCUUGGAUACACAUUUACAUGUUGGUCACAUUUCUAAAUGUCAGUCUAUCUGGGAGAAGUGACCUAAGGUUUAAAGCCAUAAACUUUGGUUUGAAAGAAAUUCAAGUAUAUAACACCAAAACCAUUUUCACUAGUAAAAUGGACAUGUCAUUGCUAUAAUGUCUAUGGUGUCAUCUCCUUCACCCCAUUUGUUCAUUUGUUUCUUUUAUUCAUCAUCUUUGUCUCCUUUGCCAACUUUUUGUUGCGUCUCCACCUCCGUCUUUCCUGUUGUCCCAGUCUUCACUUCCGUCUUCUUCGAUGCCUUUUAAAAUCUCAGUCUUCAACCAUCCCUUUUCUUAAAGUGUGAACAAGGAGUAUUUAUUCCCUGUAGCCAAUGUUUUCUUUUUUAUCUUUUAGUCUGAUGCCUUAGGAACAGAUGGGGUCUCAAGUGAAGAAACAAUGGAGAGGUUUGUGACAACGUUUAAUCAUUAAUAUCUAUCUUUAUCAUAAUUAUAGCUUGGGUCGUCCGUGGGUAGUAUGAAGCGAAUCCCGUCGUAUCAUUGGCUACCUGAGCAGACAAGACAUCCCCUCUUGCCUGCUAGCGCAAGAAAAAAAAAUUAGUGUGGAGCGGACUUAAAAAGUUCGUAAGUUUUGAACAAUGUAGGCGAUGAAGUCCCUAAAAGCAGCAGGAGUCAUUCAAAACAAGUAAAAAACAUAAACGAUUCUCGUGGGUUUAGUAUGCCACAAAAACAGGUGGAUUUCUUUCCCGGCUCUCGAAUUCUUGAUUCUAAUUAAAGUGAAAUAAUUAUGCUAUAUGAUACAACCGUUAUUGACCAAGUUUGAUCGUUAAAAACUUCUGGAUAUUACCCUCGUUUCCUUUUGGUGUUUUUAUGGCCCUUGACUUCGUCUCGGUGCUUGAAAACGACCGCGGUCAAUAUACAGUCAUCUUGACCUUAUGCAUGCUUAGUAACGCAUACUGUACCUAACUAUCCAGUGGUGAUUUUGUAAUAAUUUGGGUGCAGUUCAGUUGCUUUAAGUAUUCUUGGCACAGUUUAUAAAUAGUUUUGUAAAUGCUUUCUCUCUUGCACAGUAAGACUAGCUCAUCAAAGAAAAGAAAAAUGACCACCAAUUUACAGCCUUCUCUGCCAAGCAAAAAGAAAACGAAUGACUCAAGUUCAGGAACAAUGAGAAGACUUCUUGAAAGAAUCAAAGUACUUAACAUGUCUAUAAUACGUAAGGGAGAAGAAAAGUUGCCUAAUUUGGUAAGUUAGAAUUAAUUUGCUUUUUGUUUUGCGUGGGAUUGGCUGGUGGGGGAGGGGGGGGGUAGGGCGGAGUGAGAGGCAGAGGAUUAUGCUAAAAAUUAAAAAGUAUCUGCUAUACCACAGCGCUGGUCUUACAUUAUUCCGAGUGGAAACUAAACUACUGAAACUGUUUGAAAAAAAAACUUUCUCCACUCUAAUUUGUUUGUACUGAUUUUUAUCGUAAGGAUGAGUUCGCCUGUGAGCUGGAAGGCGUCAGAGUCACUGUGGAAGUGAUGGUUCACCUUUGUAGUCAGCAAACAAGGAACCUCAGCACGGAGAAUCCAAGUGACUUAAGUGAGAUUAAAGGUGAUCUUGUGAAGCACAGUAUAUGGCAGUUUGGGAAAUUAAUAAAUGUAUUAUUCACUUUGGAAAAGUACUAAUCUCUUACUUUCCAUUUACCAUUAUUGUAUCUAAAUCAAUGUCUCUAAAGGUUUUCAUUUAUUUUAAAACUUGAAAAUACAUUUUAAAACUUGAAAAGGCACUUUCAAGAUUAUUUAGCGCGGGAAAGAUAUCUGAUACUGUUUGACUGGCACCGAAAGUCGCAGCCUGUUAGUCUCCAGCUAUUAACCCUUUGCCCCCUAAGAGUGACUAACAUCUAAUUUCUUCUUACAAUAUAACCCCUGAAACACAUAUAAAGGUCAUGAGAAUAACGGAAAUGAUCACCAACUGAAAAAGGCUGUUGAUUGUUAAACAAAUUCUCCUUGUCAGCACUUUUGGAAAUGUACAAAGAACAGUAUGGAGAAUAUGCAUACUGAUGUUAGGGUGGAAAGGGUUAAGUUGUUUAGCUACACUACCGAAAGGAGGGAUCUGCGUCUGGAAGAGAUCGGUCAUAGGUUACUAUUUACUCACCAAUAUGACAAAAAGAAUAAAGUACAGUCAUGGAAAACAUGACUAACAUGUGCAUUUGUACUAUUUGUCAAAUAGGUUCCAUGUUACCGUGCGUCUGUUAAUAAUCUCCGAUGACGUCAAAGUGUGGUAAGAACAAAAAAAUGGCGCACGAGGCAUAGCUGAGUGUAUCACUGAUUUCUCGCCACAUUUUGACGUCUUCUGAACAGACGCACUGUAACAUAAAAUCUAUUUGUUUUAUACGGUAAAGAAGCAAAGAAUAGGUCAUUUUACAGUUGUGUGCUUAGUUGCCAAGCCUUUGAUUUCUGUAUAGCGGAGUAUUGUUAUGGGUUGACGUCAUUUAUACGACCCCCCUCCAGUAGAUCAUAAGUGAGAAACCCCUCAAAAUUCGUACGUGAUUAGUUAACCCUUUCACUCCUAAGAUCUCAUUCGUAACUCUUCUUACCGUCUGCCAUACAGUUCUUGUGAUGUUAGUUCAGAGAAUUUGGUAUUGGAUCAACUAAUAGUCCCUUGACUGAUAUAUUUCUUUAUUCUCGUCACUUGUAUACUUGAUAUUGUAUUGAUAUUGUAUUGUAUCGUGUCUUCUGAUUUGCGUUAUUGUUUUGUAACUAGUUUUCGAGUUUGUCACUUAUUAUGUUUAAAGAUGCAGACUUUUCUACUUCUGGUGUUCACUAUGAUUCAUGUUGUUGGCUGUCGAGAUUAAAUAUAUCGCUGUUAUGAUGUUAAACUUGUUUUUACCGCAAAUUCUGAGCAAAGUCGCCUUCAUCGAAACAUCGAACAUGUAACUGAACAAACACAGAGUUGACACAAAACAUCCUUAAACCAUGAAACACACCGUCCUCAAUGGAAUAUGGCAGCUGAAUUACAGACAAUUACAUUUAAGUAGAUACAUAAAACAACUUUGAUUUCCGUUUUAAUUGAAACUUAUUUUUUCUUUUUUAGAGUUUUUUACAAGCUUGGAUCUCGGCCACCUUUUCUCCAUGUUUAAAAUAUCUCUUCAAGUCAUUGUCCAGACUGCAGAGCUGUCGCCGCAAGACACAGGGAAAUUUGAUAUCCUUGAUUCGUCUUUUAGAAAACUUGUACAGCUCUGCGGAGCAUUGUACAGCAUAUCAGAUGUCAUUCACAUCCCUCUGGCAUUAUGCCAGUUCUUUAUAUUUCUGGUAUCCAUUCCUUGGCUGUCAAAGAGUGAUCCUCCGUGGGUUGAUCUUCCGCAUGGGUUUGGUCUCUCGCUGGACGGUAUGGUCAGAGUCGGGAGGUCACUUGAUCCUGUGAUUGACAGAGACAGUAGGGUCGAUUGUCUUCAUUUAAUGGCAGUUCUGGAUGCAGCGCCAACCUGGAGAAUGCAAGUGCUUCUUCUAGUUCUUGUAAGGGGCAUUUCUUUCAAAGUUUUCGUGCGUGAAUGAUAUUAUUAAGUGAUUGCACUCAUUUGUUUGAGGUUCAAAGGAAAGUUUUUAAAUGAAUGUGUAAUGUUCAUGUGGCUCCGACAGGUGUCGCCUCCGUUUGAUUGGAGUGGCAGACUUGCGUCACUCUCACGGCAAAUUACAAGUUAGCAGAGGAGUAAUUAUGAUUUGCGCGCUGGUAUUUAUCGACGCUUAAGGUCUUCUACGUUUUCUCACCUUGGCCUUCCGUUGGCGCCUUUAGAUCCUGGCAGUAGCUUUCAUUAGGAUAGGCCUUAAUAAUGGUGAUUUGUGUCUUUUGAAAAGAUUAUCGUUACUUUUUACUCACAUUGUUUUCCCUUACAAAACAGUAAUACAUUGCACGCUACAAUUUAUUUUCUAAUGAAAGAAAUUUCAAUUGACCUGCGGAUGAAAACUAAGCAAAGAAAUCAUAAUCUUCGCAAUUCCUUCACUUGAUUUUUAUCUGCAACUCAAUUGAAGUUUAUUUUAAUCAAAAUUGCGAUCAGAUUCCUCUAUGGGAAAGAUGAGCCCUCGAAAAUUUACCUCCCUUCCAUCGUGUGGCUUUGCAGCUCAGUUGAUGGUAAGCCCAAUCCCGUCGAACCAUGAAUUUUUUAGGCUUCUUUUUCUACAAUUACUUAAGUGCAGUCCACCUGCUAGGAUUAUUUCUUUGCUUGAAAUUCAACAUUGCUGUCGUUUAUUCUUUCACACAGAAAGAUACAAGUGACAUGAAGAUUGUGGCUCUCAAGCAUUUACCUCUGUUGCUGUCCUCUCUUGGCUCCUACUCUUUCCACUUGAUCAAUAAUAUUCUUCCUGGGCUCCUCUCCUGCGGUGAAGGUGUCCAAGUAGAAAUUGCCAAAACUAUUGGCUCAUUAGCCUGCGUGCUUACAGAGAAUACAGUAAUAAAGAAGUUGAGGAACGAACUGCCUUCUCAUAAGUCCAUCUCCGGCAGCAUCACAUUUCUUUGCCCUGAUUGUGAUUCUGUUAUUCAAAACAAAGCAGGUAACAAAUUGAAAUGGUUUUUGGUAUAACGAAAUAGGUAAUGCUGUAAAGAAAACUCACGACUUAAACGACUUUAGACUUAAGAAAGCUGCUUUUCUGACUCAGAACAGACUCUUUUCAACAGAUUUCAAGCAUUUUUAUGCCUUAACCUCUAUGCAGAACCAACUUCUUGACAUCAAGAACAACAGUAACCAACGAACCGAACGAGGAAUCUUGACCAAUCAAACUGACCAAUGAGUUGAAAGAAUGCUCUUGAGUGUAUCUCUAAGGCAGAAGGGGCCAAUCAGUUUUUAACGAAUUGGAUCUAUACUAUUUAACUAAAUCACGACAUUUACAUGUCAUUUGAAAGGGGAUAUGUGAUUAUGCUGUGCAGUAAUGUAAUUUUGCCACCGCGAGCCCUUUGUUCUGACGAAGGGUUCACGCUCGAAACGUCAGCUUUAUAUUCUUUACAGUGGCCAAGUUACAUUAUCAACUCAGUCGACAAAACCAAAUUAUCAUGUAACAUCCACACUGACGUAGCACAGAAGUUUCUCUAGAAACUUACCCUUUUAUUCCUUUCUAGAUGACUUGGAGGGAACUAAACCUCAUGCCAUAGUAAAUGCAGCAAACUUCAUUCCUUACCUUCAACUUAUCUCUCCUGAAGCAAGCUCUUCUGUCAAGUGUGCUUUCAUUAAAAGCAUGAAAAGAAUGUUUACACACAUGGCUGUGGCACCUGAUAAUGAAGCUCAAAGAUCUAUAGUUAGUGCAACGUGCUUUGAUCUUAUUGAGGACCCCGAUUUUGAGGUCAGGAUGCAGUUCAGGUCAGUGAUAGAUACCUGUAAGCUUAACUGAUUGAAGAUGUGGUGGCUAAAUGGCAUACGCGGUGAACUUCAGAUUAAACAAAUGAAUAAAGGGGCUAAGUUUCUAAAGAAACUGUGGUGUUGUGUUGGUGGAAGAGUAAAACAGGGUAACUACAACUACUCGUUUCAGUAGUGUUCUUAGCUGCGAGGAUCUCUUAAUUUCAUCUCUUCACCGCCGUGCAAAUAUAUGAAUUUCAUAUAUCUAAAAUCAUAAUUCAUUACUUGGAUGGUUUAUUUGGACCCAACACAUUGACCAGCUCCUAGUUGGCUUGUUAGCUCAGUUGGUCAGGUAUAGCGCUGCACCGGUAUCGAAGAGGUCAUGGGUUCAAAUCCCGUACGGGCCUGAAUUUUUUUCAGGUCCUAUUUUCAACUACUCGUUUCAGUAGUAUUCUUAGCUGCGAGGAUCUCUUAAUUUCAUCUCUUCACCGCAGUGCAAAUAUAUGAAUUUCAUAUAUCUAAAAUCGUCAUUCAGGGUAAUUUGGUAUUAUCAACUGAGUUGAUAACGUAAAUUGGCCACCGAAAAGAGUUUCAACGCUGACGUUUUUAACGUUAGCCCUUCGUCCAUUGCUCCGAGGAAGUGCUAACGCCUGAAACAUUAGCUUUUUAAACUCUUUACGGUGGCCAAGUUACAUUAUCAACUCAGGUGAUAAUACCAAAUAAUCUUGUUCAGAUUAAGCAAUCUCGACUUGUAAAAUGUUCUUUACAUUUGAAAUGUUGGUGGCUACCAACGUCAACGAAGUAGUCAAAUGCCUGCGGAUGCGCGACGGUUGUAUUUGCAAGGAGGUGUACUCUCACAUAGACAGUCAGAACCCAUUUUUCUCUCAGGAGUGAUAAACAGCCGCACAAGACAAUGAUCACGUUGUUUUAAAACAGUAUAACUUUUUUGAUAGUGCUCAAAACGAGUGAGAAAAUCAACAGGAUGGCCUUAAUUAAAGAACUUUUGAGUUCGACAAGUGUCGAGGUUUAUUUUCGUAUUUUUACUUAAUUUUACAGUUAUCUUUUGAAUUUUUUUCUUAUGAAAUUUGCGCGGGGAAUUGGCGCACGAUCGGCCAAAAUCAAUCCAGCCGCGCAUGCCCGACAUUUGGCCGCUGAGUUACUUGCGUCUAAUAGGCUCUUACCUUUUUGUUAUAGAAACAGGAAUAAUCGGUAUUAAUGCACUAUCGAUCAAUAUACCUGUGUAAGACUGUAAACAUUGAAAUUCAAUAUACUCGGCAGUUGCAAAUAGUUUGCUUGAUGUUUGACAGCAACGUCGUCCCUUAUGUUGUUAAACCUGGAGGAGCCGAUUCAGAUGAGAGCACGCAACAAAAUGUCAUUUCCAAGCUGAAAAAAGUGUUCCUUGAAGCGUCCUCGCAAGGCAACUGCAAACUGCAGGAGACGGUGGUUUUAACAAUUGGUCAACUGGGAAAAGUUGCCGAAGGGGAGCUAUUGCUUGUUGUUAUUGUUAGUUUGCUAGAGAGCCUGACUGCGCACUCUCAGCUUAUUAGAGCUGCAGCUUUCAAACAGGUAUGUAUACGAACAAAGGGGGUAAGUUUGUAAAUAAAAUUUUGUAUUGCAUCGUUAGGGUAUAACAAGACCAUUUGGUUUUAUCACAUGAGAGGGUAAUGUAAAGUGGUCACCGUAAAGAUUUUCGAAAGUUAGCCCUUUGGUAGGGCAGAUGAUGAAGGGCGAACACUCGAAACGUCAGGUAUGGAUUCGCUUCUUUGGAUGUUGUGUUCAUCCAAAAAUCUGUAACUGCGAACCCAUUUUGGAUAAUUCUAUUAGUUUUUUUGGUUUUUUUGUUAAGUUAAUGAGGUUUUCUUCAGGAGAAGAGACAUUUAGUGCGUUUGUACAGGUAAAUCUUUUCGUAACUUUGCUACAGCAAAGCUCAUGUCUCUGAUCGGCGUCUACUUAAUGAAGAAACUUUGUAGCCUGUACUAUAAGAUGAUUGAUCCUGAGGAUCGAUUCCUCACGGGGACUUCAAUGUCUUUCUUUGUCUCACGCUCUUGACAAGUCGAAUAAACGUUUUCUCAGGCUCAAGGAUAACGCCUUGUUACCGUCUUUUGUAAAUCCUAAAUUUGCGAAAAAGGAAGAUUGUAGCCUUCAAGUGGUCGCGAUAGAACACUGUCUGAUUAGAGAAUUUCGUAUGAAUUGUAAUUCACUCAUGGUUAAUGACUGAUUGUUGUUUCUUCUAGAAGACAAGCACAGUUCAAUGAGCAUUUCCAACGUUACGCUCAAAAUUAACCCUGGCCUUUUUGUGUUUCUAUAAGGUCCAAGAGGUGGCCAGGUUUCAGGGCAAACAACUCAAGGAUUUGUUUGCUGGAUUCAAGCAACCGAUUUGUAAAUUUGUGGUAGAUGCAAUGGAUGAAAUACAAAGCUUGAAUCCCUCUUCUAAAGUUUCUUUGGAUGUUGUCUCAGAAGUUGCCAGUGUGUUUGAGUUUAGGGAUGUCCAUUCAUUUCUAAAGGUAAUACAAACAUCUCACGCUAGAGCGCUCUUCGAUCGAGUGUUGUAAAACCAAAACCAGAGUUAUCGCAACGACCAAUCAGAAUAAGGGAAAAUACCCCUAAGAACCAAUGAGAAUUCAAAUUAAAACCGUGCAAACUGCCCAAAGCGCGGGAAAAUGCGGGCGACCAAGGCGCGAUUGGUUUUCGUUUGCAUCUGAUUGGUUAAGAGAGUGGCGCAAGUUUUCUGGACCAAUCACAGAGCGGAGUAAAUUAAAACCCACUCAAUCCUGGAUUACUUUUGACACUUAGUUGAAAAUUUCUCUAUCACGAGCAAGUGCGAGAAUUGUGGUUUUCUUUUUCUUUUUCUUUUUGUCCAACGUUCAUUAUUUGGGAUCCAUUCUCCAUUGUUUACAAGGCUUAGUAAAUAUCCUCUUAUUUAUUAUUGUUCUUUACACUUAAAAUGAUUCACUGAGUUAUGCACACAUUUUGAUUGGUUCUUCCCUAUAAUCUAUUGAAGGACAGACACAUAGAUGACGUCACCUUAACCUUUUACAUCCUGACAUCAGUAUGCAUAUUCUCCAUACUUUUCUCAAUACAUUUCCUAAUGUGCUGACAAGGAGAAUUUGUUUAAAAAUCAAGAGCUUAUUUGGCUGGUGACCGUUUUCUUUAUUCUCAUGACCUUAAUGAGGGAUUCAGGGGCGAUAUUGUAAGGAGAAAUUAGAUGCUAGUCACUCUCAGCGUUCAAAGAGUUAAAUAAAAUAUAUUGCUUCUUUAUUGUAUAAAAUAACUAGAUUCUAUUUUGCUGUGGGUUUGUUCUAUAAUAGAUGGCAGAAAACGUCAAAUUAUGGCAAGAACAUCAGCGACUCACUCAGCUGCGCCUCAUGUGCAACUUUUCUGUCCUUACCAUGUUUUUACGUAGUCUGUGAUUUAUUACAGAACGGACGCAUGGCAACAUGGAAUCGAUUUAUUCAAUACUGCAUUUCUAAAUUUCUCUGUCCUACAGAAUACACUGCGUUUUGUAAUCCCCUACUUGGUCAAGAAAGCAUCGCCUUCCUCAUCGGCAAUCUUAAGACAUAUUGCUAAAGAGCUGAAGAUGAACAGAAGGGAGAUGCUGUUGGAGAAUUUCAAGUUUAUUUUUUCUUUCCUUGUGAGAACAUGUUCAGCAUCUGAGCUAGAGAAAGCUCUGGGUUAUGUACAGGUAAGUCAGUGUAGUAUACAUUUAGGGACCUACAACUAGGUGCAAGCGAACAAAUGUUUUGAUAAAGCUUGGAACAAAAUGACGAAUCAAUAGGAUAUUCGUACUAAAUGAGCUUUAUGUCCGUCAGGUCUCGAGUUUCCUUUUCCUAACUUUAUGGUUGAUGUCAGGAGAUUUAAAAAAAGAGGCCUAAAAGAGGCCUAACAAGGGCACUAAGUAGCACUCUCACUACAAUUUAGGAUUGUCAUUAGAUCAUGAUAGGCUAAUACCAAUAGCUCAUCGCUACGUCAGUCAUAGUCACAAAUCGUGGGGUCGGUUACUUGCUACACACUGAUUUUAGAGGUAGGGAAGGUGUUUUUGGGAGUACCGAUUUGAAUGGGUUCAGAAACGACAAAUCUACGGAACUGCUCAACCAAAUAUUAUUAUCCAUUAAAAGGUAGGAGGUUUUAUCAGAGCUCAUUGACUCCCCGAUCGACCUAUAAACUUCUUGCAACUGGGAGCUCUUAUCAGAGCAGCGCCAUCUUUAUGUCGUUGUUUCCAAAACCUGUGGAGUUGAACUCUGUUUCUUAAGUCUGCUGAACAGGACAGGAAAGUUUUUCGAUGUAUCACUUCGCAGAAGGUACUUAUCUCUCCUCUUUUCUGUGGUAGAUUCCUCUUUGUGUGUGCGGAUAUUACGUUGUUACUUUCCAUUGCAAACUACAUUAAAAUCUUAUGUGGUAUUACUCCGCAGAGAGAAAGCAUUGGGACCGGGUUCUGUGAAUAUAUCUUCUUCCCUACUCUCUUGAAAUGUCUGGGCCAUUGCAGCUAGAAAGCUGUACUCAAUAUGAAAUCCUCUAAAGAAAUCAUGACUUUCUCUCACCCUUCAGGGUGUCCUCUGAAUUUCAUUUGCCUUUGUAUACAAAUCAAGACCAAUGGUAAGGUAUUUUUAGAGUGAACAGCUUUUUUUUUGCUAUAUUUUACAAAAUCUCGAUUUUACUUGGUUUCCAUUGCAACCUUUGCCAUAGUAACGGUCAACCAACCAAAGUUACAUCACCUUCCCAAAUUUUCUUUAAUUUGGUUGAGUAGUUCCGGAUGUAUUACUGAAAAGUUAUUGAAAACUUAACUAUUAACCGCCCCUAAUAGCAGGUCACUGACCCACAAUUUGUAUCUACAACGAACAUAACGAUGAUCUCUCGGUAUAGGGCUAUGAUAAUCUGAGGUCAAACCUUUUGUGUUUUGGAGCUUCUACGAGGUCGACUUUUGCUGGCUUUUCCUUGACUACUAAAUAAAGUUCACCUCUAAAGAUUUCUAUGAAACUUUCCGUAUCUUUUUUCGUAUUGAUUGCGUGAUAGUUGUUUCUAAAGUUUUUCCUUUGGAUUUUCUGGGCGCGCCUGGCCAAAAGUACUUUACUUGCACAUGACCGAUGUUUGAUCAUUACGUUCUAAAGACCAGCAUGCAAUUCAGGAAAAUCAGCAAUACCUCCGGUCGCUUCAUGCAAUAGAAACCGAGAUAAGCUCGGGCAGUAAUGCAAGUCAUUCUCUAAAGCAGACUGACCUUGCUGGUACAGGAUAUGUUUUGUUAUGCGUUGUUUAUUUCAGAAAGAGACGGAUGUAGAGCUUGGUAGUCUAUUGAGAUCGGAGGCACAGAGUGUUUAUAAUCAGCUUUUACUGUAUCUAAGUGUUAGCUACAGCAAGGUGUUUAGUGGACUGGCAAUGCUGGCCUCGAAGGAUGACACUUACUCUGGGCCAAAGGACCUUAAAACUGAUCAACAUCUGGUAGGGGCUUUACUAUCUAAGUGUUGUUGAAGCCAAACCACAAUUCAUCGUUUAUAUAAAAUAAUGCUAAGAGAAAGUCAGGCUACGAUCUUCAAUCGGCAAAAGUGUAAGACCACUCUUUCUUUUUUUGCUAUUAGCAACAACAACUUCUUCAAUCUCCUCCCUUCCCCAUACCAACAGGGAAAUAAAGGAAAAUAUUACGGCGACGGCAAAUAAAAGAUCUAAUGGUCAGAACAAUAGCUCAGCACGUGCGUUUAAAGCUGUGUUCAUUUUUAGCUGUCCAAUGCAAAACAACAGCGUGAAAUCACCAAAAUUUGCGUGGUCUGAAAACAGAAACCCCGAAGAUAAAUUAUUUAAUUUUCCAUUUGGAUCUCAACGCUAAAAAUAUAAAUUCAUUUUUUAUUUGACGUCUUCCUCGCCGUUGCCAACCUGAUUGCCCAAGCUCCCUAACUUGGCUUAAAGGGAAUUCCAAUAGAGUAUACUGGGAUUUUAUCAUUUAUCUGUACGUCGCAGUGUGAUUAGUCCAGAAACUUGCGACUCUCUUUCGACCAAGUAAAUGUAAGACUUAAACUAUUCGUGACCUGGUCACCCGUGUUUUUCCGACCUUCAAGCAAAUUACUUUUACAUACUCGGUGGGCUUGUCCGAAAACUUAGACGGUAGACGAUAGACGAUAGACGAUAGACGAUAGACGAUAGACGAUAGACGAUAGACGAUAGACGAUAGACGAUAGACGAUAGACGAUAGACGAUAGACGAUAGACGAUAGACGAUAGACGACAGACGGUAGACUGUAGACGAUAGACGAUGGAUUGUGUGACAGAACAUAAACACGAAAUUCAAAAUUGUCACGCGAUCUCUUAGCUCCUCUUCCUUGUCCUAUUUUUCUUCGCUCUUAUCUAGAUGUUCAGAAAGGUGCUUUCGCAAUCAGAAGAAAAAUAAAAGAAAAAUUUUAUUUUCCUCAUUUUCCCAUAACAAUAUUUGACCGUACUAUGAAUCUUGACGUUUUAACCAAAAUUAAUAGUUUGUGUGCAGAAUAACACCUACAUUUUCUUCCUCUAGGCUAAUUUUCUGCAAUCUAGACUGCUGGGUAUCCUAGCCUUCUACAACACUGUACUUCUAACAAACACUGAUCUGGAAGAGAAGAGAUUAGCUCUUCAGAGUCUCACCAAACUGAUGCAAGUGAUGGGGCGGAAGUACAUCACUUACGUACGAGUGAAAGUCAUGGGUAUCCUGCGGUUGUGUCUGAGAUUCCAAGAUGAAGGCUUUCCUGAGCUAUCGUGUGAUGCAUGGGAGAACUUUGUGCGGAAUGUUGAACUCUCAAAUCUUGGGCCCAUGCUGAGCCAGAUCAUUGUGACCCUUUUACCAUAUCUGAACAAGCUUCCAGCAAGAGUCACACAGAUUUUCCACUUUCUGAUUGUUGAGAACAAAGCUGCUCUACAAGGUUAUUUUCAUGAGAUCUAUUUUCUACCCGAUAUUCCCGAACUACGCCGAGUCAGUGCAGUGCUGAGGACGUGUAGUGGGAAUGCUGCCAAAAAAAUGGACUUGCGAGCUCAGUUGAGACAAUCCCUGAAAGGAAUAUCUCAUGAAAGUGUUGAUGUGCAAAGGCAUGCAUUGUCAAAACUCAAACAGCUGCUUCAUGAUAACCAGGUAAAUUUUGCUUUUCAGGCUUUUCCCAUCCAGAUCGUCGCAUCUAAAACCUUCAAUAUUGAUCUUACACCGCUAAACAAACCCUCAGUUGCUCAUUCCAUCGGCUCUUUUUCUUAAACUUCUGAGCAACCUGUGGAACCUGUGGAACCCGUGGAAUAAGAUUUUUUUUUAAUUAAUUCCAGAAAAAAGUUUGAUCAAUAUCAGUGUCUAAGCAAUUGGGCACCUACUCCACCCCUAACCCAACAACAGUCUACUGAUAACAAUUAGGGUUGAUGGUGGUUCAGGGAAGGGGUAGGUUCAUAGUUGCUCGGACAUUGACGUUGACCGAAAAAGUUCAAACUGUUUUUUUUUAAAUUUUUUUUUAUCUAUUGCUCAGCUGUUUGAUGCGCCGUAUUUUCGCCGACCCGUUUUUCAAAAAUUCAGCCACAGCCGUGUACUUACAUGUGUGUUCAUACAUGAAUUUGUCCAUGGUGUUCUUUACCUUUUUCCAGGCCACCUUACAUGGUUAUGUCCUUAGUAAUGAAACCGUCGAUCCCAUCAUUCCGCAGCUUAUUAGUGUGGUAAGAAACGAUAGCUUGUUGACAAUCCCUACAACUCCUGUUUGUAGUUUUAACCGGAUAUAAAAAAUGACUUACAUCACAUAUGAUAAGAGUUUUAAUUACCAUGGUAUAACUGUUGAUUUGGACAUUUUUCAAAAUUCCCAGUUUUAUUCAAGUGAGUCUUAAGUAUUUCUGUCAAAGAUGCGACUUUUAACUGUACCACCGGUCUUGAUUUUUAUUCAUAAUCAGGCGACCAAAUACAACAUGAAUCAUAGAAUUAUGGGUUAGUUCUUGAUUAUCUGAGCUCAAAUGAUGUGUGUAAUUUGCAUCAUUAAUUCCCAUGGCUGACCAAGAAAUAAUUCCUCCUAACAAAAUCAAUAUAAUAACAAACAGACAAGUGAUGGGAAUAUAGAAAAUUAUCAGUAUAAUCAGUUCAUACAGGAAAUAAGUUAUCCGAACUAAUAUCAGAAGAAUUGUAUGGCUGACAGUAAGUAAAAUUACUUAUGAGAUCUUGAGAGUAAAAGGGUUAAAGAUGAUGUAGAAACUGAACAACAUCUUGUAUGACAAGGAAAUUUUGAUUAUGAACAGCUCAUGUCCAGUUGUCGUGUGACUGAUGCUGAAGUGAAAAUUCUUGUCGCUGAAUGUCUCGGUGAGCUGGGGGCUGUCGAUCCUGGCAGGUUAGUUUACAUUUGAUCUUGUUCAUGUGUCUUUCUUCCCAAGCUAGUUACAUUACUUCAUACGUAUGUGCUUAGAUCUGCCACAGAACAGCACGCCCCAGUUAUUCGAAGAUUGGAUAAUGUUUUCCAACGGAUAAAUUGCUAUCCAGUGGAUACGUGUUAACAACAUGUUCUGUGCUAUCCAUCGGAUAGAGACAACGUUAUCCACUUUUCGAACAACUAGGGUGGUUACUAAACCAGAAUUGAUUAGUUUUAGUGUAUUUGGUGGUUUUAAUGGUGUGGCAGGAUGUGAAAAAGAAUCCCUUAAAUAGACACACACCUCGCUAUCAUUAAGACGGUGUUCUUAUGUGUGCAUUCUGUGGGAAGCUUUAACCUUCACCAUUCUUGUUUCGUCUAAUUUAUUGCUGGUUUUCAGUUUAUUAAAAUAGUACUUUAAGCAUUGCUAUUAAAAGAUAGCAAUUGCUUUCCUAUAUCAAACUGAUGAACGACAAAGUUCUUGUUUUUUACGCCAUGAUUAAGAUGAUUAAGUUAAUGUAUUUUGUUGUUAGACUGGAUAAGCUUACGCACGAUCCUGUGGAUGAACAAACAGUUUUUGAGGUAACAUACAUUUGCUGUAUGCCCGUUUGUAGAUAGUGCUCCUCAAGUACUCAGAGACACACAUUGCAUGAUUAUUGUAUUAUGGAAUUAUUGUAUUGUGGUCAGGAGGGGUGGCUCUGUUUGAAAGAUAAUGUUUCCUCAGUCAGUGACACGAGCUUGAGCGCUAAAUUUACCUUGUCCAGUAAACUUCUGGCACAGUAUUCUAUCACACAACGAAUUAACGAAUUAUACUCUGCCGAAUUAAAAUAUGGAAAUAAUUGUUGAUCGGCGGAAGCUAGAACAGCUUGGCCUAGCGGUGAUGAAUUUAGCGUUACGGCCCAAACGCCGUGGGAGGGAGAAGGGAGGACUUUUCUUUUCUCUGCGUUCCUCUGGAAAAACUGAGUGGGAAUGAAGUGAACGAAUUUUCUUGGUAUUAUAUUGAGCUCUAACGUAAGCAGUGCGAGGUAUGAUCACCAAGCCGAUAAAACUUAUUUGUUAUUGCGUAAUUUAACUUUGCAUAUCGUUAUGAGCGUUGAGAAUAGUGACAGAAUUUAAAGUUAAAGCUUUGUUUCUUAGAAAUGAUACUUUUGAUUAUUACCGCCUCAGGUAUACUUGGACAGAGGCAUACUCACAAUAAAAUACCACUGUUUAGCUAGUUCCUUUAGUAUUUAUGUAAAAUUGAAGUUUUUUCUAUCACUAAAUCUGUUUACAGAGUGGUUGUGAUGAUAAGGAGUUUGCUGUUGAGCUUAUUAAUAAGCUGGUACAGGCCUUCUUAGCAGCUCAUGAUACAAGAGCACAGGUAAGAGAAGGCAACAGGAAUUACCAAGAACAAUUUGUGAUUGCGUUGCUUUUUCUUCAUUUUUUCCAGCGAUUAGUUAAGACCACCUGGGUCAUCUUUUUUACCCGAGCAAUUUUCAAUUGAGUGUCGAAAAUAAUCCGGAAUUUCUUUGAUUUUGCUUUACUUCGCUCUUUCAGUGGUCUAGAAAACCUUCAUGCCACGAAUCAGAUGCAAAACGAUCAUGACUUGGCCGUCCGCUAUUUCCCGCGCUUUAGGCAGUUUGGUUGUUCCUUAUCGGCUAAAGUAAUCGCAUGAUUAAUUUUAUGUCCUCAGUCCUGAGAGGAACUAUAAGCGUUUCCACUGUUUUUUGUGAUGUUCUUGUAUUUACACUAUAAUCAGAAAUUCGUUUGGUUGUUUUAAUGCACGUGCGUUUUGCAUUUUUGUUACCAGGACUGCUCUGCCUAUGCUAUUCAAGAAGUUCUGUUAACUUAUGGCUGUAGUGAAUCAAAGAAGGACGGGUGAGUGUUGUUAAAUUUUUAUCUUGCCCUCCCGUCUAUCGUUCUUUUAGCAAUCGCUUUCAGCACAAACGACAAGACUUUCAUGAGAUACAGGUAAAUGUUGGUUAUAUGAAUUGGUCUAAAUUUUUUCAGUGAAAUAUCGAAAAUAAUCCGAGAUCGCCUUGGUUUUGUUCUCCUUUGGUCAGUGAUAGGUUCAACCCCUAGAUCCCUAAGAGCGAUUGGCUUCUAAUUUCCCCUAACAGUAUCACCCUUGAAUCAAAAAUUAAGGUCACGAGAAUAAAAGAAAUGAUCACCAACUAAAGAAACCUCUCGAUUGUCACGUGAAUUCUCCUUGUCAGCUCCUUAAGAAAAUGCAUAGAGAACAGUAUGGACAAUAUGCUUUUUGAUGUUAGUUUGUAAAAGUAAAACUCAUGAUGACUUGAUCUGUCGCGUUUACUCCCGCUCCAGGCAGCUUUCCUUUUUAAUGCUUUUUAUUCAUACUUACCUUGGCUGGCCCAUCCUUGUGGUAUUCUACUAUUUUCUUACAGUUCAUGUUUUGGUUUUUCGCGGCACUAGAUUAAUCCGGAAUUGAAUGUAGAAAUGAUAACACGAUUUCUCCUUGGUUAGCAAGUUGUAAUUAAAUUGCUUUAGGUCUCUAAGGAAACGUAUCAGGUUUUCAUAAACCUUUUUACUCCACAUAGGGCUGGCUAUGACCUGUGGCAGAAAUUUCCAGAGCAUAUCCAAGAAGUUCUUCGGCCUCAUUUAUAUUCAAAGUAAGUAACAUUUUUAUUUGAAGAAAGGACCAUCCUCUUUCACUUUUUUUUAACAAUUUGUUUUUGCCUUAAGCAGUUAUAAAUGUCAAAAACCGUUAGUAUGAUUAAGAUAAUAAAUUGUAAAUACAUUGUACUGUAGAUAUUAAAAAACAAUCAGAUCGUCAGACGUAAAUUUAUAUCUUUGGGUCAUAUUUGUGAACAAGUGGCAAUUCGAUUCAUAGCUCUGUAAACUGUCAUCUCCUAUCCUCUCUGAAUUAAGUUCUUGUUGCAAUAACAGAUACCUUAGCUCCAGCACUCCCAAUUGGUCUGGUCUCCCCAAACCGAUCUACAGAAGCACUAAGGGCAGGGUGUAUAAUGAGUGGGUCAGCACAUGGACAUCAUAUAUGAUCACCAAGGUAUGCUUUUAACAGAUGCCGACUUUAAAGGUAUAUCUGUUGGUUUAGACCAAUUUUGGGAUGGGAGACAAAUUGAAUUGUUCGUCAUUUACUCUGUUUGUUUUAAUUCAUUUAUUGUUUUUUUUUUAGGUCAAGGGCCAGAAACCAUCCCAUACAUUCCAGGCUUGCAGUAAAAUUUUUAAGGUAGACCCUGUUCAAGUAGAUAGUUAUACUGGUCUAUUUUCCGAACAUGGAAACUUCUUAAUUUGGAAGUGAUCUUAGCAAUAAUGAACACGAUUUAAGCAGUAGUGAAAAUGAGGCCAGAAAAAAUUUCAGGCCUGUACGGGAUUUGAACCCACGACCUCUGCAAAACCGGUGCAGUGCGCCUACAAACUGUGCUAACAAGCCGUAUGAUUUCAUAUGUGUACAGUUAUUAAUUUAUGGAAAUUUAUGUGAACUUGCUAUGUUAUUAUCGGAUGACAGAAAGUAUGUGAAUAUCUGUUAAUCCUUUGAAGCUAUUAUUUUUGCAGCACGACGUUAAGACCGCGUUAUUCUUGCUUCCCCACGUGUUGCUGUAUGUUCUGUUGGAUGGCACAAAAGAGGACGUCGAAGAGGUGAGUUGGAGGAUGCGCGAUCAGCUAUUAGCAGUCAGAUCGGUGAAAAAAAGAUAAAAAGAAGAGCAGCGAAACAAUUUCAUGUUCGCAAAAGUAUCUAAUGUAGAAGAAAAAAAACUGAUGAAGGCGCAACUUAUCCUUAUGAGCUAAGAAAGUCUCUCUUUCACUUGUAAACAGGAAAGCAAAUACAUAAGAGCCUCUUUCAAGCUCGGUUUUACUUACGUCAUUUCAUAACCAGGUUUACGGAGAGAUCAUGGCAGUUCUCACUCAUCUGCAAAGAAACGAAGAGCUUCCUGCCCCAUCCUCAGGUAAGUCUGCCUGAAAGAGCGCAAUGCUCUUUUUGUGAAGCUUUGUUUUAAAGAAUAGAAUACCUAAUAGUUAGCGCGCUGGAAGCUAGAUGUAACGGUGCAGGUAUGUGCAUGUAUGUGCCUAAGAUGGCUUGUGUAUAAAGUCCUUGAGAAAGGAACCUUUCUCUCACAGUUCUUCUCUCCACGCGGGAUCUACCAAUUUUUUUUCUUUUUUCUUUUUAUGGCGGAGAAUUCUACUAGGGAGGUAGAGGGGGGAGGGGGGAGGGGUGUAGUACUCUGAACUUUAGAAACCAGAUUUUACUCCGACAGCUAUGUAAAUAUGGCUCGAAUACAGUCUUUGUUUCUUUUAAGAUUUCCGCCAGAUGAGUGCUCAGACAAUAUUUUCAGCCCUGGAUUAUUUGAACCGUUGGGCAAGAGCAAAGGCUUACAGAUUGGCCCUAAAGACACAGUUGGUGACUUCCAAACACCGAAACAGUCCAUCAGUCUCAGGUACCUGUAUAUCUUUAGCUGUCUUCGAAAAGAAAAAACAAUUCUCAGAAGAGAGGGAUUUCAUAAGUUUUUCUUUAGGUUUCUCUCUGAUUUGUCAAGAAAACUUAUGUUCCUUCUCGACCAAUCAGACGAAUGACUUGCUUCUAAUUUCGCCUUACAUUGUCACCCUUAAAUCAAAUGUAAAGGUCAUGACAAGAAAGGAAAUGAUCGCCAAUUUUAAAAGUUCCUGAUUGUCAAACAAAUUCUUCUCGUCAGUACCGAGAACAGUUUGGAGAAUAUGAAUUCUACUUUUAGGUGGAGGGGCUUUAGGUGGAGGGGCUUGGUUGUAUAUAUUAAUACUGUUAAUCACAAAAAUUAAAAUUUCCUCGAUUGAUUGGUUUAAAAAACUCGUAUUUUCCACUAAUUUACUUGCCAAGUUGUUAUCGAACAGUCUGUUAUAGGACAGUUUGUUAUCGGACAGUUUAUUGUCGGUCAGUUCAAUAAACCAAUCACAUGCAAAGUUUAAGUUUAAAUCAACCAAUCACUUUCAAAGUUUUAGUUUAAAUCAGUUGUAGUGAAAGUCUUUUAAUGCAAAAUCACCCUUUCUUUCAUAACUUGGCUAUUCUUCUCGGAAAUUAUAAUUUUUAUGAUUACUUGGUGUCGUCUUAUUCGGUCUGUAAUCAUACUCGUGAUCAACAAAUGUUAUCACUCGUACCAUUACAGACCGCAUUGGACUACACUCAGUCCUAUUACCAUUACAAAGUAUGUGUUUCAUGUAUGAAGGAACCCUGAUCGGCCUAAAAUGUACUUCCAUCGUAAUGCUUUCAUAUCCUACGUUAUUGCUCGCGUGAGGAUAUUCCCGAAGAGAAAUGAAUCAAAUCGUCAGUAAGUGUUACCGACAACAGUUCUAUGACCGCUCCUACUUGAAAGUUGACAUUACACAUUGCGUCACGUCUUUCUCACUUCCGGGUUCACGUGGGGCUAAAUAGUGUGGAUAAAAGAAUAUGUAAAGUAAAAAGAACCGAAAAACUGUUAAUCGUAAUAGUUCAACAUGCCUUAUGCAUUUCAAGGUAUCCAAGAUGAGCAAAAAGCCGUGGAAAAGUUCCUGGAAAAAAUCCCCCAGGUAAAUCAGAAAGUGGCUCACAUCCUUGAAGGAUUUAACUUUCAAUGGAGGCAUUGGUAUCACAAUCAAAGAAGCUUGAGAGUUUGUUUUGGAUAAUAAAUUCACCACUUAAUGAUGCUGAAAUUCGAAAUUAGUUUGUGGGUGAAGUGAACACAUUCAAGAUACAAAUACUUUAUCCAUGGAUGGAAUCUGUUGGGAUUUACUUGAUGCGGUUUGGUCGCCAGGAUUGGGAGGAAAGCGAGCGAAAUAAGAAAGGGUUUUUGAUGUUUGUGUUUGCAAUAAAAGUGAUUUGAAACCUUUAUUGUGUUACAGGAUGUGCUGGCUUACGCAUCAUUCCACUGCAAGGCAUAUGCCCGUGCCUUGAUGCACUUUGAGGCAUUCAUCUCAAGUCAGAAGCAGGAUGUCCACCGCCAUUUAGGGUUUGUUCAGAAGCUCUACAUAGUUUUGGACGAACCUGAUGGAGUAGCUGGGGUUGCAGCCAGCAGGAAGCAGGAACCCACUCUCCAUGAACAGAUCCUCGAUCAGAAAAGCUCAGGUAGGACCCAAUGAAGUAUAGAAGGCUCCACAGCUUCACGCUUGUAAGAAGCUAAGAUGAGGUAAUACAAGGUCAUUGUUCUUAACUUGACCAAGGCAGAAUUUCUUCUUACAAGAUCAAUGAACAACAAGCAUAGAAGUGGUGUGGAAGAGAAAAAUGUCAAUUUGUGGAUUAUUAAUUGAUUCAAUACCAAAUUCUCCAAACUGACAUCAUAAGAAUUGUAUGGUAGAUAGUGAAGAUGUUUGUUUUGACGUUGGUUGUUGAAUUCCACGACCGAACAGAUCCAUCUUACAAAUGUUGGUUGAAAGUGCAAACCAUUAAAUAGAAACUUGCACAGCAAAUUUGUACCAGUAUCUAGAUAAGCAGUGCCCUAAGGCGUUAAUUUUACAAAGCAUUUUCUGGUCAGGUGCUGUUUUAGUCGGGAGAAGGUGAGUUUAACUUUGAAAAGGAUGAAUCAACAUAUAUUUUUGUGUUUAGGCUAGCAACCUUUCCUUCUUAAAAACUGUAGGAAAACUUUGUGAUGUUUCCGCCCGUUAUGAGAGAGCAAUUUAAAAACGUUGGUUGAAAUUUGAAAAGGAUUAAUGAAAAGAUAGUUUUAUGUUUACACUAGCCUACUUUCUGAUCUGAAUGGUGUAGGGAAGUUGUGCGAUGUUUCUGCUCGUUAUGAGAGAGCAAUUCAAGAAGAACCAGAUGAGAUUGGACAUCACAAGGUGAGGAUAGGGUUUGCUGAAGCUGGAAUUAACAGUCUUUCAUCUGUUUCAAAAACGAGUUCUGUUUCUGGGCAAUUGAAAAGAAUAGUUGACACCGGGAUUUUCAAAGGAGGACAGUAAAUUAAUAUUCAUCAUUCUAGGUAAUUUUUAACUCUCAAUUAACACUCUUAGAGUCGUUGCGAGUGUUAAAUUACUAAUCUUAGAUAUAUGUUACCAAAGAGUCGCUGCAGUCCAGCUGCUGUAACAUCGGAUAGUGAAAUCAGAGCUGGCUGAGGUUGGAAAAAUCAAAGGGAACUUAUUCUAUACUUUGGCACACAUUUGGACCACAUUUGUAGCAACUUUUCGCAAAGAGCAGUUUUGAUUGUCAUUUACGCUAUUCCUCAUUCUUUUUCAAGGGCCUGUUACAGUGUUUUAUUGAUCUUGGUCAAGUGACGACUGCUCUCACUCAUGUGGAUGGAGUGGUUACUCGAAGGUUUGUUGAAACAGUAACUCAGAUGAAAAGUCUGUGUUCUGUGAACUGUGCAUAAGCUGCAUCUUAUAUUGCGAAUUCAUAUUCCUACAGUGAGUAAUCGCGCCUGAUUUCUCACCGUGGACUCCACACUCAUGGCAAAGGUAUAACUCGAAGUUUCAAAGCUUUUACAAGCCUGGUAUUUUAUUGGUCGUAGAGUUUAAAUUUUAUAUAUUCAUUUACUUAAUCAUAGGCAAUUCAUGAGCUAUUUAAAAAUAAUUAAAAACUAUUAGUUAUUAAUGAUUAUAAAAAUACUAUUAAUUUCACUAUAUUACUGCUUUCCAUGAAUACCGUGCUUUAGAGAACUUUGUUGAUUUUCUCGUUUGAACGACACGAUGGAUUCCGCGCACCUAGCCUCGCGAGGAAGAUUAUUCCACGAUGUGGCGCCACCAUGACUAAAAUCAUUUUGAAAUAAUUUGCAUUAAGUCUGCGCUCGGAUUACCUCAGGUUUUAUCCGCUGUUAAGGUGUUUUGUCAUUAUAUAGUCUUAAUACUUCCUUAAAAUGUAUUCAGCCAUUCAUGUAAGAUCUUUCAAGUGAAGCUACUCCACCUACUAAUUUUUUUCUUAUUAUUUUUCUUACCACUCUCUUGUAAGCUGACCAUGAUGUGUUACUUUGUUUGUUUUUCUAUGUUAUUCGAUAUCUAAUGUUUUUUUAAUUCGUUUAUAUUAGACCUGAAUGGGAGAAGUCCCUGAAUGCGUACCGUGUUGAGGCUUCUUGGAGACUAGGACAGUGGGACUCGCUUGAAAGUUAUCUUAAACUGGUAUUAUUCUUACUAAUACAGAAUGGACCUCCUAUGUACAGAACUUAUACAAGAGUGAUGUGCUUUUUAGGCCACUCUAUAUACUCUUGCAUUCCUUUUUUUUAUGCGCUUAUCUAUGCAAUUACCUAGCUUUUUUGUGGUUAUUCUUUUAUGGAUUUUAUAAUCUUUACUUGUAUUUAGGAAAGAGGUGUUGGUGACUGGGAUGUUGGAUUAGGACGGAUCCUGUUGGCUGCUAAAGAAAAGGUUUGAACUAAAUUUUCACGAUGUGAAUCUGUGAAGGAAUAGUAAUUGUGUUUUGGGUUUUGUGUCGACUAUCACACCAUUUAUCAGCUUCUUCUGCGUUGGCCUCGUAGUUACUUUCCAGGAAGUUGUGGAAUAAGCCCUCGACGUAUCAUGGUGUUGUGUUAUUGGGAAGGGCUCUUUAUUCGUACAUUGGUAAGGGUAUAAAUGGGCACCAGUGAUCUGUCAGCGAAAUUUAACCAAGGAAUUUUUAUUACUUUUAACAAUCCAAUAUUCAAGUUAUCUUGGGCGUAAUCAGAUAUGUAUUCAAAAGUGCCACAAUAUUUAGAAAGAUUUAUUAUCCUUUUCUUUAUUUAUUGAUAUCUAUAUUAUUUCUUUUGUCACCAGAAUGAGAAUGAAUUUAGACGUCAACUAAAGGUAGUUCGCAGUCAACAGAUGGGAUUCUUGUCCGCGGCAAGUAUGGAGUCUGGGUCCUAUCAACGUGGUUAUGAACACAUUGUGAGGUAUACAGUGAUAAGUUACUCAAAAUAAAAUAUAUAAUAUUCUGAUCCGCGAAGAGAAUAGAAGGAAUUUAAGCUGCUGUGAAAGAAAUUGUAGAUGAGAGGCCUGGAAAAAUUAAGGCCUGAACGCUUCUCGAACCCAUGCCUCGCAGAUACCGGUCGAACACUUCUUGGUCGAGCCACGAAGCUACAUAUGGAAUCUCCUCGAAGCACGAGUUUUCUUAGGCUGCUUCCCGACGGUUUUUGUUAAUCGCAGCUCAACUGCAAAGAUCAGUUCUGUACACUGAAUAGCUGUGAAUAUUGUCAGAGCCUUCAUCUUGGUCGGAGCUUCUAGGAAAACUCAGCGGAGAUUUUUCAAGAUCUUCCUUCUCCAUCAAUUUGUGUGUGCUAUAUUUUUCCGUUUCAAAAAUGCUCCGAUUUUGACAACAAUGUUCACUUCUAUUUCCUUCUCAACCGAACGGAACGCUAAGGCUGCACAUGCUUCGCGAGGUGGAGGAGGCAGUGCAAAGGAAUUUCCUUGUAGCAGCUGAUGGAAUCGAUACCAUAGGCGUGACAAAUAGCUGGCAGUCACGUUUGCACAUCUCGCAGGUUUGUGACAGCAGUUUAUCAUUAUUACAGUUUAUAGAGGAGACUAAUACUGGUGAAUAGGACCGAGUCUCCACUCGGUCUCUAAUCGCACAUACGAGUGAUUCACUAAAUCAGACAUCUACGAAGCGAGAGUCCAAUUUGCUUAUCAAGAAUAUGCUUACGGACAGAAUUGGACGACACAAACCCCUGUUACUAAGAAAUAAAAACUAUGAUAGAAAUACUCAUCGAUCAAUCGUGUUCAUCGAAAAUAAAACAUAGCAGCUGGCUUGUAUGUUGUUUUCUUCUAAUGAGAAAAUGAACUUAAUAGUCUCUCCAACUGCGGCCGUAAAGGUCCCGUACCGUCCAAUUACAUAGAGAGGUAAGAUAAAAUGAAGUGCUCGGCCAUUGGAAACACAAAAGGACAAUAUGGCAAGUUUGGACAACACAUGCGUAAAAAGUAUUUAUAAAAACAAGAAAAGACGCGAGACUCUCGUUAAGUUUUCGCUAUGGAAAAUCUCGAUUUCUUGCAACGGUAAAUUAUGGAAAUCUAUUAACUCUUUAAGGUCGUAUGGCUCAUAUGCAGUAGAAUAAUUGAAAGGCGAUGUUAUUCAGUGCAUGACGCAGGCGUAAUCGGAGAAAAAGAGCUCCGAGUGCUCCGAACAGGAGUCGAACCUACGACCUUCCAAUUAGUAGUUCUUUUCGCCGAGUAUCCCUGUGACAUUCAACGAAUACAUUAUCUUUUACUGAAAUCACAUAUUUACCAUCCUCAUUAUGUCAUCAGCAGAAUUAUUGUUUUCUUAUUUUUUUGUUUUUACUCAGAGUACUUUAGAACUUCUUGUGAUAUUUUAGUUAUGAACCUUUUUACAUUUCUUUUUUCUCAUAUACCAACUGAAUGACCUAUUGUAGACAUCAUUUCGCACGAGGGAACCAAUCUUAAAUUUGAGACGAGUUGUUUUAAAACUGUUACCAAGGUUAGUGUCUCCUUGAAUUAAAAGUUAAGUUUUCAAAGAAACUGUGGUGCUGCGUCAGUGGGGAGUAAUCCCAGAUAAUUUGGGGAUAUCAAUUGAGUUGAUAAUAUGAAUUGACCACGGUAAAGAGUCUCUAAAGCUGACGUUUGGAGCGUUAGCCCUUUGUCAGAGCAAACAGAGGAAUUGUGGGUUGUGUGCGUGCUUAUAUGCCGAACAUGGAGCUUCGCUAUUGGUGGGAACAUUUUAGAGUUUUGCGGCUUUCCUAACUAGCAGGCAGACGAAGUUCUAACGCUCGAAACCUCAGUUUCGGAAACUCUUUACGGCAGCAAUUUUACAUCAUCAACUCAGUUGAUAAAACCUAAUUGUCCCCUUGAAUAGGUUUAUCAGCAUAUUGUUGUUAGCAUUGGUUUUACUAGAUAUCUUAACAAGUGAAUACCGUAAACGAAACUUCCAUUUAACAUUAAUGUUCUUUCCCCUUCCCACUGAUUUUGUCUUUUUCUGUAAGGUGUUUGCAGGAAACCAGUCUUAUACAUUUUGACUAUAGAUUAAGACUGCUCAGCUGAAAUUAUACACCGGCAGUUGAAUAUCUCACACAGCAGAUCCCAGAGGAUGUGGGGACGAUUACCAAGACAAGGAGUGAAAUUUUUGAAACAAUGUUUUGUGUUUUUAAAUUGCCUUUAGUUCUGAAGAGUUACAGAAAGAACAAGGGAAAAGCUGGCUUCAAAGUGCAAAAGCAGCUAGGGUGUAAGUGUCGCUCCAUUUUUCGGUCAGUUGCAGUGUAUUUAGGGAGUAUGCUGAAGAGCCUCUUCGUGUCAUUUUUUUUUCUUUUAAAAAGACGGAAUCUCUACUCUCGGGUUUGGUUAAACUUCUACUAAACGACCACUCCCAAGUUAUUAUCCUUGUAAUGAAUGUAUCGGUCGACAGUUACUUCGAAAAGUGGAAUUUACUCUUUAUUAAUGUUUUCUUGUGAAGAAAAGUAUGAUAGACUUCAGCUUACAAAUGAUGAGGACAUUUUAUUCUUUCAUUUAGAGCGGGUCACGUCCAAACUGCUGACAGUUCGCUUUUAAGUGCUAGUGCCUUCGCUUUGCCAAGUUUAUGCAUUGAACGUGCGAAAUGGAUGGCCAGCCAGGUAGGAACAGCGAAUCAGUCAUCUUAUCAGUAAGAUAUUUACUUUGUGGAUUGUAUACUAGAAAUGCAAGACUAAGGAGGAGUCGCUUUUGUUUCUUGAUCACUUGAGAGUCUCGAAGCUCAACCUCUUCCAUAUGGCGACCUAAAGUCAAAUAGCAUUUUAGUCGUCAGAAAAAACCACAUCGCCUGUCUUUCGGGUAAGCAUUAUGCCUGCCAUUCGUUUUCGCUGAUUCACGUGACUCAAGGCAUAUAUAGAAUUCGGGGAACCGAGCAGAAAGAGGCAAUUUUUUAUAGAAGGAACAAAGGAGAUUGAGCAAUAAUUUUAUUUAAAUAUUUGUCCCUCUUAGACUUCAGGCCAUGAAAACUAACUUAUGAAAACGUCGAAACUGAAUAAUGUACAUGACCGCCGAACACAGAUCACGAAUUCGACGACUUAUGCUAAAAUCUCCGUCGCCAAAAUUUUAUAGUAUUCCCCACGGCGACCAAAAUAGCCGCUCCAUAUACAAGAAUCUUGGAAUUAUAAACUUUUGCAUUCCGUCACGUUUUUACUAGUGUCCUUUUUCGACAACAUUCGAUUACAAGAGGCGAGGGAAAACGUAAGGGUCCUAUCACUGUACAGUUCCAUGUAGAACAUUAGUAAUCAUAUUUGGGUGUUAUCUUUCUUACUAAAGAGUUGGGUAUCCCUUUUGUUUUGUCAUAGGGUGAUGUUCAUAACGCUCUGAUAAGUUUGCAACGGGCUGUCAGGUAAGCUCUGUAACAUUUUGUAUUUAUAUUUGAAGAGAAUUUUUCCCUGUUUCCGAAUAGUUGGUAAAUUUAUAGUCAGUUUUCGGAUAGCCACUCCUGUAUACGCAGUAACUUUUUGAAACACCUUGCUGGUACAAAAAACGAUGCAGAAGGAUUCGGGCAGAAUAAAAGCUAUAAAUCCAGAGUUUAUGAAAACAAUAUUCUCCGUUCGCUUUCCUAAUUUUGAUUAAUUUUUUUAAAAAGUGGACUCAACACAUCGAACGAAAGUUUAGAAAAUUAUGGAAUAGAAUUCACGGAAUCACGAUAAAACAGGAUAUUCCGCACUAUGCCAUGAGGCCUGGCAGAUUUUUUCCUUUUCUAUCAUGAUUAGGCGAUUUCACUAGUCAGAAACAUCCUUUCAAAAUAAACAUUAUGGUUUUUGGUCUUAUUUCUUAAAAGUGAACAGUGGCCGCAUGGCAGCAGUACAGUGUCAGAUGGGGGACUGGACAGAUUCAUCCAUGCAAAGGUUGGUAGCUUUGUGGACUUCACCUCUCUGUUUCGCGCGCGUGUGCUUCAUACCUUAGUUAGAGCGAGAUAUUAUUAAAAGUCUAGCGCUUGUCUUACCUCGUGGUUCCUAGAACGAGAUAAUCCUCUGGUGCCCUCUUCAAUGGAUAACGAUGGAAUCGUGUCGAGUGUAAGCUACGUGCACCAAUGCUUUUAGCAUUUCAUGGUGCUGUCAACUUUUUCGUUUACAUUGCCUGACGAGUUCGUGACAAGUUAACUUAGCAACCUCACCUCAUGCAAAUUACUUUACCUCAAGUUUAAACAUCUCGGGGACGUUUUCGGGUUUUGGAAGCGCGGAAGCAAGAAAGUUUUGUUAUUAAAAUCUGGUAUUUGGAGACCUUUUGCAGUGAGUUAUUGGGUUUUUGACUAAAUCUCGUUAAACAAAAACCGGAAUUAUCACGGGAGCCGAUGAGAAGGAAGGAAAAUACAUAAGAAGCCAAUGAUAGCUUAAAGUUAACAAAAACAAACUGUCUGAAGUGCGGGAAAACGCGCCAUUCGUUUUGGUUGAAAUCUGAUUGGUUGGGAAAGUGGCGCGAGAUUUCCGGUCCAAACAAACAAACAAACAAACAAACAAACAAACAAACAAACAAAAACUGAAAAUUAAAAUGGAUAGAAAGUUUUAAGCUACAAAAAAAAGCAGACCACAACAUUAACAUUAUUUUUUUCGUCCAGGCCUUGCUACUUAUCGGCCGAUGGAUUGAGGAGACGGCUCACUAUGCAGCUAAUCGUGCCAUUCAACAGUACAAGGUAAUGUGAUGCCUUUCACUUGGUUUUAAUGACUAACUUGCCUCGUCCCAACAUUUACGACCAUCUUUUCAUAACGAAAAGAUACAAGCCGACAGUUGAAUCGGUAUUGGGUCACUCAUUUUCAGAUUGGAUUUAGUGGAUGCAUCCCGACCGCUAUUCAACCGCUGUCUCCUUAAAGACGGGUCGGAGGAUUUGUUGUUUUUGUUGUUGUUUUGUGCGAGCCCUAAAGCUCUGCAAAUUACUUUGAUUGCAGUUUACCGAUGUGUAUAUAAUUGCCCUUACACAAAUCACUUCUUCAAUAGACCAGAUUAAGACUUAAUUUGAGUGUUAAUUUUUUUUGCUCAUGUGCCUACAUUGUGCACCCGUUUCUUUUUUAUAAAAACCCUGCAGUGGUCAUUCUUACCGCUUUUAUCGUAGGAAGUGACUGCACUUCAUGGUAGCUGGGAAAAUGGCCAUUUCUAUUUGGGAAAAUACUAUGACAAGCUAAUGUCAGCCUGUCCGGAAGGAGAAGAAAAAUCGAACAAAGUUUAUGUGUAAGUACAAGUAAUUUAUGGUGCUAUUGGUAUCAUAACUGUCUUCAGUUGUUUUACUCGCUUUGUUUUAUAAUUUAUGUUCCCCGCACAUACCGUCAAGUUCUCCUAGAGGAGAGCUGUGGUGUAGUUACCAUGUUGACUUCCUCGACACUAUGGAAAUCGCUGUCCUCUCUUCUGCUACCUUAACGACAUCUACCCUUCAUUAUUGUUGCUCCGGCCUUUUAACCUUGUUUAACAGUUUGAAUCUCUUUAAUGCUUAUUCUAUGCUUGAAUCAUUAUCUUUCCAGGGACUUCAUUCCAUUUGUUCUCAAACAUUACGGACUGUCUCUUCAGUUUGGAAACAAAUUUAUCUAUCAAUCCAUGCCUCGUCUCCUAACUAUUUGGCUUAACUUUGGCGCUACAGUUUCUGAUCAAGGUAAGGCGUCCUUAUUUUAAAAAUGAAAAAAUUGAUCAAUUAAUGAAAAAAAAAUUAUGGAUACAAAUUAUUAUACAGCAGCGUGCGGGUUGGAGGGCAGCUUUUCACAAUUGAUUUUUCAAUUUUUCUUUUUCAUUAACUUCAUGUAGAUACAAGCUCACAGUAAACUUGACGAUUUUUUGACAGAGAGGCGCUUCCUUUUUUUUUGCGUAGAGGAGCACUCUCUAUGGCUCAAGAGGUUUCAGCAUCUUUAUACAUAUACUGAAUUUACAUAUACUGUAUACAUACACUGAAUUUAUAUGAUAUCCACCCAUACUCAUGCUUGAAUCCAUGGUAGUGUAGACGAGAAAUGCACAAUUGUUUCAAAACAGUUGAUGGUUUAAUAUGAAUUCCUUUGCCACAGCCUUUUUUUUUCUACUGUUCGUACCUUUGUUACUCACUUCAGCGACUGUUUCCCAUGAAGCUCAAGUUAGUAGUUAGUAGUCCACAAGACAGCUACUUACGCCAUGCCAUGAUGGAACUGUUUCUUGUUUUGAAAAUAUAAAUAAUUUUGAUAUACUGUGUGAACUUUGCUAAUGUCGAACUUACCAACAUUUUUAUGCUCAACGAAGGUCGACAGACCAAAGCAUCUGAUAGAGGAGGAAAGAGGCAAAAGUUAGCGGAUUGCAACGAGGUUUGAAUGACUUUAGUUCACCAUCGUUACUUUUUCGGUAUGGGUUAUAUUUUGAAACAAUGGAAAGCAAACCGUAAACCAUGAAUGAAAUUUAACCAUGAAGCCCGGUUAAUUUAUUAAGACUUAUAUCGUGAUCGAUUAUAACUAUAUUUUUUCUCUCUUGCUCUUUACUACAGAUCAUGUCAGAUCUGACCAACAAACUACCAGCGUACCAGUUCCUCACAGCGUUCUCUCUACUUAUUUCUCGCAUUUGCCAUGCGAACCAAACGGUCUUUCAUCAGCUCGAGGUAAGUAGUAGUGAGAAACUGGCUCAAUAUUGCCCUUCUCUAUUCAGUAGUACAUCUUCCGUACUGUUCUCUAUCCAUUUACUAAGGUGCUGACAAGGAGAAUUUGUUAAACAGUCAAGGGCUUCUUUGGCUGGUGAUCAUUUUAUUUAUUCUUGUGACGCUAAUGUGUGAUUCAGGGGUGAUAUGGUAAGGAGAAAUUAGACGCUAGUCACCCUCAGGGGUUGAAUGGUUAAUUCACCAUAUCGUAUAAAAUAUGAUGCAGCCAUGCAUAUGCUUGAGCAGGGUGGGUUUUACUAAUGUGCCAUUUUGUGUUGAGUGGUAUAACAUCUCGUUACCCUAUUUCAUGUCCUGUGAUUUUUAGACGCAGUAUUUUCAAUCGUUAGCGCUAUUAAUUUUUUUGCUUUGUUCUUCUGUGGAAACAUUUUUUGCUGUGUUGUCCUCAUUCUUCCUUUUUAUUGUUUAGGAGAUCAUCGCCAAACUAUUAGUGACGUACCCACAACAAGCGAUGUGGAUGAUGAUGGCUGUUUCAAAGGUUAGUCAUUACAGGGAGAAGUUCAAGAAAUUUAAUGACCCUUGCAUUUGGAAAAAACUGUGUUUGGAGAUCAUAAUUUGAACUAUCGAUAGAAAUGCUGUAUCUUGAAGACAACGUAUUCGCCUAAUCGUCUGCUUGGGGGUCUGCCAGGGGUCUGGUACCAACUAUCAAUUGUAGACCCGGUCCAGACCUCUUGUUGGCUCAAGUUGCUCACGGCCUCAUACUAGGGACCUUAAGCAGUCAGGACGGUAACGCCAAGGAAAACUUCGAUUAAAAAAUGAAUUUCUGCCUUAAAUUAGAAUUUCAAAAAUGGCUGCAUUUGUUUACCGUCUCAUACAGCGCCACACCUCAACUUCAGCAUACCGUAUAAAAGAAGCGUUGAGUUCCAAAUGGAAAUUAAAAUAAUUUGUCGUCGCGGUCUCGGUUCGUAGACGACGCAAAUUGUGGUGAUUUCACGUUGUUGCUUUGCAUAGGACGGCUGAGAAAUGUACAAAGUUUUAAAACGCACGUGCUGAGCUAUUGUUCUGCUAAUUAGAUCUUUUGUUUUUCCACGUCCACGUUGCAGUCGCCGUCGUGGUUUGCUUAAGGUCCCUACUAACCUGCGGCGGAGAAACACGGUUGCGCUAAUUAUUAGGAAGAAACACCUAAUUAUGAGGAAGAAACACCGAAGCGCUAAUUAUGAGGACCUACUCAUAAAUUAUCGGCAAAUGGAGAAGAUGCUAUCAUAAGAGACAACAGAAGAGUUGUUUUGAACAGUUUGUCACUCGAUAAAAUAAGUCUGCGAAAACUGAUUGUCAAGUUUCGGUGCAUUAACAAAGUUUAGUUGCUCUCUUUUUUUCUUGAUUAUGGCUUCAUUUCAGGUUAUCGAGACGUCCGUAAAGCCAAACAGCGCGGAUUAAAAAUUAUUGAUUUGCUUUUUCCACAGUCUUCUUUCGCCAUGAGAACAAAGCGUUGCUAUCAAAUCUUUCAUAAGGCAAGGUGAGCUGAGUUUCACUGUUUCUCACUUACUGGAACCACGUUUUAUUUUUGUUUAGUUGAAUUACAAUAUUGUGCGCAUUUUUUGUUCAGAAAAGUGGGGUUAUGUUUUGAAAUUUUUUCCACGCUUUCGUAUUAGGUAAUGAAAAUUCAUAACCUUCUCAUCCAGAAAGUUACUUUGAUAUUGCAAUAAAUUAUGUUACCAAUCGAUGAGUAAAUGUGUAACAGUUAGGCAAAAAAAAUUUUCAUCAGAUCUGGGAAAGUAAAGGUAUAAUGCAUAGGUUUAUACUUUGCAAUCAGUAGUGUAUGUUUGACGAGCAGUUGCUCCUUUUUCAUGGUUUUUUUUUUUUAGUUCGCGCGACAUUACGUUGAAAAAGUUCCUUGAGGUGAGUUUUUGACGUAGUGCUCAACCAUUUUUGUUGUUCUGCUUGCUUUGACAAUGGGUCGGAAAUUCCAAUGCAAUUAAGUUUUUACCUUUUUGUAUUAGCUGUAUACACAAGGCCUGUCCUACUUGAAUUUGGUGUAAAGGCCAGCACACUUGCGAACUUUCUGAAGCUUACUGGUAGCUUACCCGGAGUAAAGGUCUGGGUCCGAUUUUCCAUUGUUUAGAGAGAGUCUCAAGAGGGAUUUAGAUCAUGGAUUUUCCUUGCUUGUGGCGAACGUGUAAAAUAAACUUAACAAUUUACCUCAACGUUUCUUAGUCUUUCCCUUAAAGAUACAAUUUUUGUAUCUGAAGGGCCAACGAGUGAAAGUUUAGUUUGUCAUUACCUCUAAUAAAACGAAGAAGAUUAUUGAAGUCACCUUAAGAGAGACACGUUUCGAUUGUACCAUUUAGUCGUAGUGAUUUUCGUUGGUGAGAUGAUAGUAAAACACCAAAACGGGAAAUGAGGUUGGACAAGGUAAGUAAAACUGCAAAUUACCUAAUGAAAAAUUUACUUUAAAGGUGGUUCAACUGAUAUGUAUUGGUUUGUCUAUGUCAGUAAAUGUACGUGACUGCCUGGUGAAGUUAGUAUACCUGUGGUAACAUGCUUUUCUUUUCCACUUCGCAGCACUCCACAAGACUAGCUGACAGACUGCUUGAAGUUUGCAACAAGGAAGUAUCUACCAAAGGUCCCUCCAAAGACAAGUUGAGCAUGAGUCAUGACUUCUCUGUUCUCAAGAGGCUUGUGUCUGAUGGGUGAGAUGUUGAACUCUGCUUCCUCGUGAUCAAACACUUGCUGGCACGACCUGAUCGCAUAGCUUUGUUUAUCAUUUGCCAUUUAGUUAUAAUAACAAAAGCUUUGACUGGCCCAUCUAGUGGAUCAAUUUACCUGGCAAAGAAUUAAGUUUUUUAUCCUUGCGAGCCUUUGAGAAAAAAAGCUUAAAUACCCCUAAAAAUGGCAAUGCUUGUUCGGUGAAGCUUAUAGAGUUUAAAUUGAGAGGGUACUAACGUUGCCAGUAAUAAUUUAUUAUUAUUUUGAUUUCGUCUUUGUUGUGGUUUCGUUUUCAGAGAUUUUAGUCCAAUUAUAGUUCCUCUCCAGUCUGCUAUGACUGUGACCUUGCCUUCAGGAGCCGGAAGCCAUCACGAUCACAACCCGUUCCCAGGCUCGCUAGCUUGUAUCAUCGGCUUUGAGGACACGGUUAGUAUGUGUGUGUUGUGUUCCUAGCCAAGAUACGUUGCAAGCCAUUUUAAUUUUGGAGCAACGAAGACGAUCAUAACAUUUCAGUGAUAAGCAUUUUGGAAGGUCGUUUCUUUGUUUUUGUUUGUUUUGUUGUUUGUCAAUUUUUUUCCUUUGCUUUUGCUUUUACUUUUACUUUUGCUCUUUCGUACUUGUAUUUUUUUUUCAACUUUUUGUAUCUUCUAUAAUAGGUUGAUGUUCUAGCGUCUCUACAGAAACCGAAGAAAAUCACCAUUAAAGGCAGUGACGGAAACUCGUACACCAUGAUGUGUAAACCCAAGGUUUGUUCUUUGUCCUUUUCACAAAUUCAAAAAGAAAUGUGCCUCUUUAAAGCACAGGUAUGAAUAUUACCGUCCUUUUGGAUGAUAUCGAGGCAAUUUUAUCAAAUUUCUCAAGUAAAGAUCCGCCGUUGCAUUUUACAGGGAAUGAGUGGGGAGAGGCGCUAUGUGAUUGAUAUUGGGAUUUUUAACCUCAGGGAAUAAAUUCAUCAUGAUAAAACACAAAAAAGACAAAUGUGCUGUGCUAGUUUUUUUUUUUUUAAUUUUAUAAUCAAUCUUGUAGCUUAAUCUCACGUAAGAAAAUUGCACAGUGACAAAACAGUUAACAUAGCUCAAACGUCUGUAUUAAACAAACUCUAAAUUCCACCAUCCUCUCUCCUUAUUUUCUCUGUAUUCUAUUACAGGAUGAUCUUCGAAAGGAUUGUAGAACAAUGGAAUUUAACGCCCUCAUCAACAAGGUUUGAUCUUUGGUAUAACAAUUGUCGAUCUUUGUAUGACAAAUUUAGUACAGUCAGUUAGUCAGUCAUUCAGUCAAUCAGUCAUGCAGGCAUUCAUUCGGUUCAUCGGGUAGCCGUUCAUUCAUCGAAUAGAUUGUAGCUCUCUAGUUAGGCAUCAAGGAUUAUUUGCAAUUGAUUCUGUUUUGUAAGUAUUCCUCAAUCUCGGUGUGAUAAAAAAUAUUUUUAUAAUAUUUCUUUUCUCAUUUUAGUGUUUAAGAAAAGAUCCUGAAUCUCGACGAAGGCAGUUGCACAUUCGUACUUAUGUAAGUCGUGCUGUUUUAGGUAAAUUGAAGGUGUUUUAGAGAGGAGCAAUCAAAAGAAAAAUCAGGGUGUUUUCCUCGAAGUGCAAAUUUAGUUGCUUUUAUUUUUUUAUGGAAGUUACUGUGCUAAUAUUACUGAGUUGAGUCCAAUUCGGUCCGUAAUCAUCCGAGUGGUUAACAAAAUCGGAAGACCAAGAAGUGAACGACACUCAGUCCUGUUACCAAUUUAUCAAAACUUUGACGACAUCUAAGAAACAAACUAGCCAUCGGUUAUGCGAUUUCGUAAAAAAAAAAAACACCUGCAUCUCAGCGAGAUGCGUGAUAACAGUGCGCUUACAUACCUCCUACUGAGAAAUUACACAAGCAUGACGCACACCAAUCAAGUUCGAUAAUUUUUCUAUGGUCUUGAUUUCUUAUGUUAGGAGAAUGACUGUCAGCUUCUUGUUGUUAUGGUCAUUGAUGUUGUGUAUGUUAUUUCAAGCAUUUUUUCCCCUCUCUUUUAUGGCAUGCCACAGCGGAACAUUCUCCAUAUUUUUUCCCAAUUCAAUUAUGAGUUCCUUUUUUCCCAAGGCGGUGAUUCCUUUAAAUGAAGAAUGCGGACUGCUAGAAUGGGUACAAAAUACUCAUGGCUUAAGAAACAUACUCACGAAAAUUUACAAGUAAGGACGUCGUUUCUCCAUUUUGUUGUUUUAUUUCUUUAACCCACGAGUGACGAGGCAGAAUUUUUCCUUACAUUAUCAAUACAAUAAUAUUGUAAAUUUGAUAAAUAUUAAAAAUAUUGUGACUGCUUUAAUAUGAUCAAGUAUGCAAGUGAUAAGAAUACAGAAAAUAUCAGUCAAGGGAUUAUUAGUUGAUCCAAUACCAAAUUCUCUGAACUAACAACACAAGAACUGUAUAGCAGACAGUAAGGAGAGUUACUAAUGAGAUCUUUGUAGUGAAAGGGUUAAGCGUGUCCUAGUGGUUUGAUCCAAUACUUACGAGUAGACAGAAGUGCACAGAGGUUUAUGAUCAAAUAAAUCAGGUAAAAAAAAAAUUGGUCAGGGAAACUAAACCACAUCUUUGACUACUUUCUAUUUUUACAGAGAGAAAAAUAUGUAUACUCGAGGAGCGGAGCUCAAAAAAUUAAUGGACAGAGCAGGAAACAAACCUGAGUGCGUCUUUUGUUGGUGUUCAUUUUUCUGCGUGAAUGUUUUCUUGUUGUGUUCUCUCUUUGGUUUUCUUUUUCUUCAUUGGUGUUGAGAAAAAAUUCUGUACUUGAAAAAAAUCAGUAAAAGCAAGACAAAAAAUAGACAAAGACAGAAACAAACAGUAUAUAAAAUUAUUGUAAUCAUUUCAUCUGACCAAUUGUUUCAUAUUGUUUUCAUGUGAGGAACAUCAAACUAGUUCAACCUUAGGGGAAAUGAUAUCUAGAAGAGAGUUGAAUUGAGUACGAGUUGAUAGGAACUCAAAGUACAUACUUGUCGACAGCCUGAGGCACAGAUAACGCAAGUGAUCAAAUUAAUAUUGCUUAAGUUUUGAAUCUGAUCGAUCGAGAUGGUGGCCUUGGUUUUCUAAACCAAUCACAGAGGAAGGAAAGCAAGAUUAGUGUAGCCAUAGGUUACAACACUCAACUGAAAACUAAUUCGUUAUAUGCUUGCUAACUUUAGGGACAAGAAACGUGUCUUCUUGAAUGAAAUCCUUCCCAGGUGUGUAUCUAUGCGAGCUGACCCGUGUGGUUUGAGUCCUUUUUACAAUUUUACAGUACAUGAAGUGAAAUGAUGACAUUGCCAUUCCACCUUUGUUCACAAAUAGGCACCCUUCCGUUUUUCAUGAGUGGUUUCUGAAGACGUUUCCUAAUCCAACCUCGUGGUGCGUAUUUUUUUAAAGUUCUUUAUGGCAUCAUUCGAUCCAGAGGUUCUGUUCUUAAAAUGUUAUGAAAUGCAAUUAAAGUCCAUUCUCUCUACUCUUUAUUAGGUACAUGAGCCGCCUGGCAUACUGCCGAACGUCAGCGGUUAUGUGUAUGGUGGGUCAUAUCCUUGGUCUUGGUGAUCGCCAUGGUGAGAAUAUUCUGUUUGACGCUACCAGUGGGGCCUGCGUCCAUGUCGACUUCAACUGUCUGUUUAAAAAGGUCAGUUAAUUUUAUUCCAUAUGCGAGUUCUGUUACGUUAUGACUUCCUGGUUGUGCUAAUGACAAUAUUGAAUCUGAUUGAUCCCUCGUUUACAACUUGGCAUGGCUUCUACUGAACUAAAAUUGUCCGAUUCAACCCUUCCGAUGAUCAGAGGCUAAUUUUGAUUGGACAGGUCAAACCAGGUAGUUUUAAAACUGGCCAAUGAGAGUUAAUUUCCUUGCACAUGCUGGUCUCAACUCUGAGCGCUUUGUUUAACUCAGAUGUUUAACCAACUGUUUAACACUUUUAUCCUAGAAUAACAGUUAUAAUUUAUUGCACUUUUCAUUGAGCUUAUUAGCUGGUAAUAGGAUUUUGUCCCUUGCCUUUUAGGGAUAAUCCUGCGGUAAUUUUAAACGAGCCGUCCGAUUUACAUUACUAAUAUGAAUUUGUCAUGUGGGUCAGACUUAAAAUGGUCACCCAAACAACUGUCCGUAUUUGUACAUAAAUAUGGAGCUCACAAAUUUUGCUCUCUUGCUUGGCUGCGUUGUAGGCGUAAUCCUUGUAUAUGUUGUGGUUCAAUUUUAUCCUUGGUUCUUAUUAUAUUUUCCUUUGUUUCAAACUUACUAUCAUACUUUGCAAUACCCAAAAACAAAAGAAAUAAAAUUUGAACCGAGGAUAAAAUUUAACCACAACAUUUGCAAAUUACUCUCAAACAGAAAGAGAGGAAUAUUUAGGAAAAAUGUGGAAAAUUUCUCUGUGACUUAGGUUUACUUCGUUUGAUAGGGAAGGUUCACCGCGGCAGUAACGCUGAUCUUGUUGUGCGCCGUUUUUUUCCUUUUUCGCAGGGAGAAACCUUCGAUUGUCCGGAACGCGUGCCAUUUCGAUUGACACAUAACAUAGUAAAUGCUAUGGUAAGCGAUUCCAAAAAAAAUGAUAUCUUAAAAAAAGAUACGAACAAGCGAACGAAAUAUGGCAAGUGAGGUCUCGGUUUUCUAAUUUUGAAGACAGCCGUAGUGCUUUUAACAGAGAUUUAUUUUUCAUCUUCAUAUUUUUUUCCUUUAAUAGGGUCCUCUUGGAUACGAGGGAGUUUUUCGUCGCUCUUGCGAAGUUACCUUGCGUCUUCUGAGAAAUCAGUGCGAUUCUUUGCUCACGUGAGUUCGAAAAUUUUUUGUAACACUACUCAGGCUUUUCGACCGAGUGUUUGUUGAAGUAAGUCCUGAGUAAUCACAUUGGCCAAUCAGGCGUGUUGCGAAUAAACAAAGAUGGGUUCAAUUAGAAACCAGAGUACAUACAAGAAUUGAAAUUGCUUAAAGCUCGGGAGUGACUGAGUCGUGUUUGGGCUUCGUUUUGAAUCUGAAUAUUUUAGAAAGGGGCGCGAGUUUUCUGGACCAAUCACAAAGCAUAGUAAAGCAGGAUUACUUUUGACCCUCAACUGCAAAUUUCUCUUAAAUGCGCCAAUGAAGUGACGCUCUAACCUUUGCUUCCUUUCUUAGUGUCCUCAGAACCUUUAUAUAUGAUCCACUUGUGGAGUGGCAGAAGACUAAGGGAAGGGAAUUACUUUCCGAGGCUUCAAAGAAUAAAGAAACAGGGGAAGUUACAAAUGAAGAGGCGAGUAUCUUAAUUCACAAUCUUCGUGUAAAGAAUGUGCAAUUUUAUGAUAUCCGUAAGAAGAUAGACAGCUUCAUUUAGUAAAUACUUGUACAAGAGAUAGUCAUAUGUUAUUCAAGGUAGUCAAAUUAUGGAGCCAACAAGCAUCCCUUCUACCAAUAGGAGCCUAUUCCAUUUUCCAUUUAAAGUAGUCCAUCCAAAUAUUUCCGGCACACAAGCCUUGAGAGUUAACAUAUAAUUCUUAAGAGUGCUGUAAGACUGAUUUUCGCAAAAGCAAAUGCAAUGUAAUUUUUAGCGGCCGAGCAGGAGAAAGAAGAAUGUCAGACGGAGCCAAUUGUCUCUUCUCCAUUUUCAGGGUCUUAAGAUUCUGAAAGAUGUGGAAAGGCGGAUCAAAGGCUUUGAAGGAACCAGCAAGAUCAUGAUUCCUCUAUCGAUAGAAGGACAGGUGCAUUACCUGAUCGAGGUGAGGUCGCUUGAUUGUGUGUUGAUUUUGGUUUGUUGUUUCAUUCCCAUUUUGUUGUUGUUGUUUUUUUUUUCCACGAAUAAAAGCUGCUUCUUCCUCAAGUAGUUGAGCAAAGUGUGGGAGAAAAACUGCGUGUGAAUCAUUUAAGCGAAAGUUCUAAAAUUAUUUGUGUUAUAGUUAGGAAACUGGAACCUUCUAGAGAGGUCUGGUUUCCAGACCUUAUGUCAUGUCCCUUGGGUGGACCCUUUAACCUAAAUAACCCUUCCACCUACUUUUCUGACGUUAUCAAGAUGAUGGAUGUUAUUUCCAUUUUGCAGGAGGCCACAAGCGAUGACAACUUAUGCCGGAUGUACAUUGGAUGGGCUCCUUUUCUCUAACGAAAAAGGGAAGAUAUGUAAACAAGAGAUCUUUGUAAACCAUGGUAAAGAAGAAGGUUUUUUUUUUCAACGAACUGACUUGAGUAGGAAACGCGUUAUCGGAAUCCAAAUAUUUGUUUGCGUUAUUUUUAAGAUGGCGGCGAUACUGUAGGUUGAGUUUUAAGGGCCAUGUUUUCCCCACAUAUCUUCAUGCCUUAACGAAAAACUUAAGAAAUGUCACCGUGGAUAAAUGUUUGUGACAGAAUUGUUCUAAUGAUUAUGACUCGACUUGCGUUUCUUGCUUCUUGUUAAAGAGAUAUUGGGUUAUAAAAUUAC